AUGCAAAACUGUGUGAUACAUAACACCCUCCUCAAGCUGCAAAACGCAGCACUCAUUAUUGACAAUGCUCUCUGCAAAGAGUGUGCUAGCCACCCACCAAGGGACAAUAAGCCUAGCAAACCAUCCAACCCUGCAAGGGGGACAAGUACUGGUCAGUCAAUCACUGGUUCAAGGAAACUCUCCAACAACCCCAACUAUAUGUUGGAGGAAGAACAAAACCACCGCCACACUGCUGGCACCUGCAUCAAAUGCAGCAGAAUGGGCCACAAAUUUGCAGAAUGCCAAGCGGGCUGGAAGGGUACCCCCAUUGACAAUGGGGUAAAAAAGGAAGCUGCAAAACUGGCAAAGAGUCUGGACCCAUCCUGGGAAAAGACUAAGGAGCAUGUGGCUAUUGCUGAAGAAGAGGAAGCCAACAAAAAACUGCUUGAAGGAGUACCCUCCAAAUACCAUCAAUACACCAAGGUAUUUGGAGAAGAAGAAUUCAACAAGCUUCCCCCACACCAGCACUACAAUAUUGGGAUAGAACUUACAGAAGAAGGACCACUCAACUUGCCCCUGUACAGUAUGACAGAUGCUGAAUCCGCCACACUCAAGGAUUGGCUCAGGGACAAAUUGAAAGCUGGGAAAAUCCACCCCAGCAAGUCCUCCAUUAGCUCCCUGGUCAUCCAAACAAAGAAAAAUGUAUAUCCAUUGCCCCAUCCCAACAACCUUAUGGCCCAACUCUGUGGUGCCAAAGUAUUUACCAAACUGGACUUGAGAUGGGGUUACAACAAUGUUUGGGUUAAAGAAGGUGACAAAUGGAAAACUGCCUUCCAAACCAAGUAUGGCCUAUACAAAUCCCUGGUUAUGACCUUUGGCUUGACAAAUGCCCCAGCUGCAUUUCAAGAUUUUAUGAACAAAUUGUUUAAGGACUUAUUGGAUUGCAUCAUCAUUUACCUUGAUGACAUCCUUAUAUACUCAAAGGAUGACGCAUCCCAUACGCAACAUGUUCAUGAAGUCCUGCAGCAACUUAUGGAGAACCAACUAUUCUGCAAGGCCUCAAAAUGUACCUUCCAUGUCACAUUGGUGGAAUACUUGGGAAUAAUUGUGUUGGACAAGGGUUUCAGCCUGGAUAAACUAAAGAUCCAGGCUGUCCAAGAAUGGCCUGCACCAACCAAGGUCAGGGAGGUCCAAUCCUUUCUAGGGUUUGCCAACUUUCUGCAUUGGUUUGUUGCCAAUUUCAGCCACAUGGCCAGGCUGCUACAUAACCUAGUCAAGAAAGACGUCACAUGGAAAUGGCAUACAAAGGGGCAAGAGGCAUUCCAAAGGAUUAAGGACACCAUUACCAAUGCACUGGUCCUAGCCCAUGCCAAUCCUGCUAAACCUUACUUCCUGGAAACGGAUGCAUCUGGAGUGGCUCUAGGCUCCAUACUGAGCCAAUGCCAGGAAGACAGUUGCCUACACCCUCUAGGAUUCCUGUCAGAAUCAUUCAAAGGCGCAGAACAGAAUUACAACAUGCAUGACAAGGAACUCCUUGCCAUUAUCUGCUCUUUUGAAUACUGGCACAUAUUUUUGGAAGGCACUAUGCAUCUUUUGUAG